AUGGAUCCUUCGGAAUUUCCUUUUGAUAUCGAAGCUUACAAAAGGCAGUCUGAAAUCGAAGAGAGGUAUAUCGUCAAUCGGUUCAGGGAGCAACAAAACCAAAUAGAGGAAGGAUAUACACCUCGUGUCAAGAGAAAGCGUGCUAGAUCUGUGAUACGUGAUUCAAAUGUACAUCACGAAUUGCAAGCAGAUCUGGUCAAACACAUAUGGACAAAGUUCAGAAUGUUUCGUGAUUAA